CCUUCUCUGCUCUGCUGACAAGCGCACCCUCUGUCACCUGCUCAGCACCAUGAAGGUCUCCCCCGCUGCCCUUGCUGUUCUUCUCUGCACCAUGGCGCUCUGGAACGAAGUCUUCUCGGCGCCAUAUGGAGCUGACACCCCGACUGCCUGCUGCUUCUCCUAUGGACGGCAGAUUCCACGAAAAUUCAUUGCUGACUAUUUUGAGACCAGCAGCCUUUGCUCCCAGCCGGGUGUCAUUUUCCUGACCAAGAGAAACCGGCAGAUCUGCGCUGACCCCAAAGAGACCUGGGUCCAAGAAUACAUCACUGAGCUGGAACUGAAUGCCUGAGAUUAGAGGCACCAAGGAACCCCCAAACCUCCAUGGGUCCCGUGUAGAGCAGGGGCUUGAGCCCCAGAACAUUCCUGCCACCUGCAAAUCUCCACCUCCUAUAAGCUGUUUGCUGCCAAGUAGCCACAUCCAGGGAUUCUUCACUUGAAUUUUUAUUUAAUUUAAUCCUAUUGAUUUAAUACUAUUUAAUUUUUUAGUUUAUUUUAUUGUCAUAUUUGUGUUUGUAACUAUUUAUUCUGAAAGACCUCAGGGCACGUUCCUCAGC